AUGCUGGGGCACACGGCGGCCGGCGCGGCGGGGCCGCAGCCCCCCAGGCUGCCCCGGGCCGCCGGCCCCGACGAGAACCAGGAGAACAUCCACCCGGACAAGCGCGGCGGCGCCGAGCCCGCCAGGCCGCGCACCGUGCUGGGCGUGCUGCGGGCCAACGUGCGGGCCCCGGGCCCCGGCCCCGGCCCCGGCCCCGGCCCCGGCCCGGCGGCGGCGCUGGCGCCGCAGAAGUCCAAGAGCCGCAGGGUGGUCGCGCCCCUCAGGGAGGUCCCCAUCCACGAGGAGCAGGGCAUCGUCCCGCCAUGGAACGCCACCAGUAAGCAGCCCACCUUCACGAUUCACGUGGAUGAGCCGGAGGCCGACCCCGGGAAGAAGCCUCAGGCCCCUAAGAAGGCGGACCCCGAGGAUGAGGCGCUGGGCUUCCACUCCGCCCUGUCGCUGCCCGAGCCCAGGAAGCCCCUGGUGCCCCUUGAUUAUCCGAUGGACGGCAGUUUUGAAUCUCCCCUUACCAUGGACAUGUCAGUGGUGCUGGAACCGGAAGACAGGCCGCCAAACGUCAACGAGGUCCCUGACUACCAUGAAGACAUCUAUCUGUACCUUAGGGAAAUGGAGGUCAAGUGUAAGCCCAAGGUGGGCUACAUGAAGAAGCAGCCAGACAUAACCAACAGCAUGCGUGCCAUCCUGGUGGACUGGCUGGUGGAGGUGGGGGAGGAGUACAAGCUCCAGAAUGAGACCCUCCACUUGGCCGUGAACUACAUCGAUCGGUUCCUGUCCUCCAUGUCGGUGCUUCGGGGGAAGCUUCAGCUGGUCGGGACUGCUGCCAUGCUCCUGGCCUCAAAGUUUGAAGAGAUCUACCCCCCAGAAGUGGCCGAGUUUGUGUACAUCACAGAUGACACAUAUACCAAGAAGCAGGUCCUAAGAAUGGAGCACCUGGUGCUCAAAGUGCUGGCUUUCGACCUCGCCGCCCCAACAAUCAACCAGUUUCUCACUCAGUAUUUCCUGCAUCAGCAGCAGGCCAAUUCCAAAGUGGAAAGUUUAGCAAUGUUUCUGGGAGAGUUGAGUUUAAUUGAUGCUGACCCAUACCUGAAAUACUUACCGUCAGUGACUGCGGGAGCUGCCUUUCACAUAGCCCUCUACACCAUCACUGGGAAAAGCUGGCCUGAGUCAUUAAUCCAACAGACAGGAUACACCUUGGAAAGUCUUAAGCCCUGUCUAAUGGACCUCCACCAGACCUACCUCAGAGCGCCACAGCACGCACAGCAGUCUAUACGGGAAAAAUACAAGACGGCAAAGUACCAUGGCGUAUCCCUCAUCAGCCCUCCAGAGACGCUAAACUUAUAGUGAGCGAGAGCCUUAUAGUUGUGACUCCAGCAGAAGCCGUGCUGGACAGCUUUUAUUGUGGGCCCAGGUUUCUUCACAAAGAAUCACUUCACAAAGCCCAAGUUGUGGUCGAUUACAGAUUAUGAAGUACCUUUUUUGAUUUUUAUGAUUUUAAAUGUAAAUCUUUCCUAUGUGCAAUUGUCCUGCAUGUUUAGCUGCAGAUUUAAGUGGUGUUGUUUAUGCAUAGUGAGUAUAACCAAGCCUGUACCUUAGGAUAAGAAUUUGGACGCCCCUAACAGGUGAAGACUGUGGUCAGAACCUGGCUCGCUCACGGAGUGUUUGAACAUGAGCAGCGGUACAGGACAGCCCAGUAGGAGGACUUUCCAGGAUAAAGUUUAGAAUGUUGGCGGACUUCCCUAAGAUUGGCGUGGCUCGGGACAGCAUCAGCACCUGAGCCCGGACACACUCUUCCAGCGCGGGUGACGGUAGGGAAUGGUGUUUCUGGAGCAAGUCCCUGCAGGCGGCCGUGUGUGUGCCAUCCGCCAGUGCUGUGGCGCUAUCUCGCCUGCUGCCUAUACAGCUCUCGUGGUGUAAAAUAGAUUGGGAUUUUAAACAGAAACCAUGUGUAGCCCUUCUUCUUGAUGAUGCACACCACUUGUGGACCCUGACGACCCAGAGGGAGCUGCUGAUGGGCAGAAGGGCGUUUCUCAGGCUGGUCCCUACAGAUUGAAAGCCUUCUUUGCAGCCUUAGUGACAUUGCCAAACCCCAAACAGAAGGGAGGAAACUCCAAGUCAUCCUUCAUAUUAAUAAUGGAUUGUAUGUAUAGCUAGCAACUAGCAGGACCUGGGGCCUGACUAUAAAUUAGGACCUGAUGUGGGAUAGAAACAGGCCCCAUUUUUCAGGUGAAAGAAAUAUUCUAAGAGAUUAAGUGACGACUCAGUGGCCCAGCCCCUCCAGGGAGGU